AUGUUCGGUCUAAGUUCCCACCACGCCGAACUCUUUAUGGCCCAUCUCGUCAGCGGGGUAAUCGCAGUCGUCGCAGUCACCACCCGCAUAUGCGUCAAGAUGAAGACAAAACAAGGCAUCAGAGCGGAUGACAUGUUCAUCCUCCUGACACUGUUGUUUUACUACGGCGCCAUUGCAACCCUCUUUACCAAUUUCAGGCAAUCCCAUGUAGACGACAUAGAGGUCACAGCAAAGGAAGAAUAUCUCGUGCCUUCGACGGUAUAUCGCAAGGCUAUGUUUGCAGCGAUCACGCUUGCCAUGACUGCUCAGUAUACAUGCAAGAUAUCGAUCCUCCUCUUCUAUCGCCACAUCUUUUUCGCUAGCGAUUUCCAUCGAGAUGUAUCGCUAGGCCUCAUGGCCUUCACAUCGACCUGGUUGAUAUCUGCCAUCGUGGCCCUACUACGCAUCUGCCGGCCGCUCAAGCUCGUUUGGUUACCAGAAGAACAGCAUGAUGGAGCAAAAUGCGGGAAUUGGGUAGCGAUGGUAUUUUCUGUCCUCCUCGUAGAUGUGCUUACGGAUGUAGCCAUUCUCCUUUUGCCCAUUCGAACAGCGUUCACUCUCCAAAUGCCACUACGAGCAAAGAUUGGCGUCGCAUCCAUAUUCGCACUAGGGGGAUUCGUUAUUGUUACCAGUGCUCUAAGGAUGGAACUUGUAGAUCCUCGUGAGAUCUACUUCCAUCGAGCAGAACUCUGGACGACGAUUCACCUAUGUACCGCUAUCUUGUGUGCUAGUGUACCCAUAUACAAGCCACUAUGGACGUUCAUCUCAACAGAGAUAAGGCGCAGGGUGAUGGGCGUACUGCUGCGGCCUGAGAAAGACGACGAAGAUGCUGUACAGUUGAGCAAGGCCGCUAGUGUAGGCCAUGAUAGAUGA